GCGGCGCGUCAAUUCCAGCUUCUCGGAGCGGGGCAUCGGCAGCUGCUUCCACCCCCGCUCGGGCAGGGGCGGCUGGAGUUCUGCGCGCGGCGCCUGGCUAUGGAGAAAGCUCCGCUGCUGGCCUCGCGGUCCUCAGCCCCAGUUUAACUUGAAGAAUUCAACUAGAGAAGGGCCGAUGGUGAGAGUUAGCUCAUGUUAUCUAUUUCUGUCCAUUUUGCCCUGCUAUGAUGGAUGAGUGGAAGCCUAACCUGCAACCCAAGCCGUGGAAGAAACGCAGCUGGUAUUUGGCCUGGAAGUACAAGCUGACAAAUCAGAGGGCACUCAGGAGACUGUGUCAGAUGGGAGCUGUACUUUUCUUGCUGGUAACUGUUAUUGUGAACAUAAAGCUGAUCUUGGACACUAGAAGAGCAGCCAGUGAAGAAGAAGAAUCAGCUCAGGAUUAUGAUGAAAGUUUGCAGAAGCUAGAGAUCCCUCGGCGGCCUGUCAGUAAUAGAAAAGUUCUGGACAUAGAGGUGUAUUCCAGUCGCUCCAAGGUUUAUGUUGCAGUUGAUGGGACCACGGUUUUAGAAGAUGAAGCACGGGAACAAGGCAGAGGCAUCCAUGUCAUUGUGUUAAAUCAGGCUACAGGCCACGUGAUGGCAAAGCGGGUUUUUGACACCUAUUCCCCCCAUGAGGAUGAGGCCAUGGUCCUCUUCCUCAACAUGGUGGCCAAGGGUCGCAUUCUUAUCUUCACAAUUAAGGAUGAGGGCUCCUUCCACCUUAAAGACACAGCCAAGAGUCUUCUGAAGAGUUUAGGGAGCCAGAUUGCAGCUUCCCUCAGCUGGAGGGACAUGUGGACCUUUGUGGGGAAGAAAGGAGGUGAAGUCUAUGGCGAGAAACAUGCCAAGUCCCCAGUGCUUUCCUCAUGGGGAGAGCCAGUUUUGCUGAAAACUGAAGUCCAAUUAACCUCUGUGGAAGAUGCGGAAUGCCACUGGCCAGAUACUGAGUUGAAUCGGCGGCGGAAGCAUUUUUGCAGCAAAGUUGAAGGUUAUGGCAGUGUCUGCAGCUGUAAAGAUCCUACACCUAUAGAGUUCAAUCCUGAUCCACUCAAAGACAACAAAGUUUUUGAUGUGCCUGUUGCUGUCAUCGCAGGGAACAGACCCAACUACCUGUACAGGAUGCUACGAUCUCUGCUGUCAGCACAAGGGGUCAAUCCUCAAAUGAUAACAGUUUUUAUUGACGGAUAUUAUGAGGAGCCAAUGGAUGUGGUUGAAUUAUUUGGCCUGAAGGGAAUCCAGCACACCCCCAUCAGCAUUAAAAAUGCAAGAGUCUCUCAGCACUACAAAGCCAGUUUGACUGCAACAUUCAACUUGCAUCCGGAUGCUAAGUUUGCUGUGGUACUGGAAGAAGACUUAGAUAUUUCCAUUGAUUUCUUCAGCUUCCUAAGCCAGUCUAUCUAUUUGCUGGAAGAAGAUGACAGCUUAUACUGCAUCUCUGCCUGGAAUGACCAGGGGUAUGAACAUACUGCUGAGGACCCUUCACUGCUGUAUCGUGUAGAGACUAUGCCAGGCCUGGGCUGGGUGCUAAGAAAGACUUUGUAUAAGGAUGAAUUGGAGCCUAAGUGGCCAACACCAGAGAAGCUUUGGGACUGGGACAUGUGGAUGCGCAUGCCGGAGCAGCGGAAAGGCCGCGAAUGCCUCAUCCCAGACGUAUCGCGCUCGUAUCACUUUGGCAUUGUUGGCCUCAACAUGAAUGGCUACUUCCACGAAGCCUAUUUCAAAAAGCACAAGUUCAACACAGUCCCCAGUGUACAGCUUAAGAAUGUGGAGAGUUUAAAGAAAGACGCAUAUGAAAUCGAACUUCAUCGUCUGCUCAGUGAGGCUGAAGUUCUGGAUCACAGCAAGAAUCCUUGUGAGGAUUCCUUUGUCCCAGACACUGAAGGAAAAACCUAUGUGAUGUACAUCAAGAUGGAGCAGGAGGCAGAUUUCACUACUUGGACUCAGCUUGCCAAGUGCCUCCACAUCUGGGACCUGGAUGUCCGAGGGAAUCACAAAGGACUAUGGCGGCUGUUUCGGAAGAAGAACCACUUCUUGGUUGUAGGAGUCCCUGCCUCUCCAUAUUCAUUCAAAAAACCUCCUUCAGUGACCCCGAUCUACAUGGAGCCCCAAGCCAAGGAUGAGGCAGCAGGAGCCAUAGCAGCAGGAGCAGAGCAAACGUGAAGCAGAACAUGGAGCGUUGAC